AUGCGAACUUGUUAUUACGAAUUAUUAGACGUUGAACAAUACGUAACCACGGAAGAAUUAAAGAAAGCUUAUCGUAAAAAAGCUUUAGAAUGGCACCCUGAUAAAAAUCAUCAUCGAGUUGCAGAGGCUACAGAGCAAUUCACCCUUCUUCAACAAGCUUACGAAGUUCUAUCGGAUCCAAACGAAAGGGAAUGGUAUGAUAACCACCGGGAUGCGAUUUUAAGAGAAGGAAUUAGUGUAGAAGAUCUCAUGAAAUAUUUUAACAUUGGAUGCUAUAGUGGUUUUGAUGAUAGCUCAAAGGGAUUUUAUACUGUUUACCGAAGUAUAUUUGAACAAUUAGCUAGAGAGGAAGAAGAAGCUUAUGCACGUGACCGAGAGGAAAAUUCAUCUGAAUUUCUUCCUUACCCAUCAUUUGGUGAUAGUACUACAUCACCGGAUCAAGAAAGUCCACAAUAUGGAAAUUUAAUUAAAUAUUUUUAUCAAUCAUGGUUGAACUUUUUUACACGAAAAAAGUUUGCUUGGUUUGAUAAACAUAGAUUGUCUGAGGCACCAGAUAGGUGGGCAAAGAAAAAGAUGGAAGUAGAAAAUGAAAAGUCUCGUAAAUUAGCUCGUAAAGAGUAUAAUGACACUGUUAAAUUACUAGUUGAAUUCGUGCAAAAACGUGAUCCACGUUAUCAAGCUUAUAAGAUGGCUGCUGAUCAAAAAAAUAAAGCUCAACUUGUUGAAGCAAAAAAACGAUCUGUUCGUGAUCGUGCUGAACAUCUUUCUAAAUUAAAAGAAUAUCAGGAACAAGAGUGGACAAAAGAAGAAAUGUUUGAAGAUAAUGAAGAUUUAAUAAAUUUAGAUGAUCAAAAUAAGGCAAAUCAUAAUGACAUAGAUGAAUUGGUAAAUGAAAAUACAAAGGACAUUGAAGAUAACUUGUUUACAAAGAGUUCUAAAAAGAAAAAAAAACCAAAGAAGAGGCAACUGACUCCAAAUUGGGGACACGAGGAAGCUGAGGAUGAAGUUGUUCUGGAUAAGAUAAAAUCCGAUUCACCUAAUGAUGACGAUGAAUUAUCUGAACAGUUAAACAAAACAAAAAUUUCUUCUAGAGGUGGUUUUGAAUCUGAGGAAGAAUCUAAUAAGACUCAACCCCUCUUAAAUAUUGACGACGAUAAUUCAAUUAAACAAGAAAAUGGUACUAAAAAAGAGAAGAAAAAGGAUAAGAAAAAGUCUAAAGAUCUUAAACAGCAAAAGUGUAAUGUUUGUUCACAGACCUUUACAUCAAGAAAUAGUUUAUUUACCCACAUUAAAGAAACUGGGCAUGCAUUAAAUGUUAGUGGUUCCGGUGGCGGGAAAAAGGGGAGGAAGUGA